ACAAAGUGCUUAAAAAAAAGGGAGUUUUCGAGAUUGGUGAAAGAAACAUUCCAAUGCUACGAGACGAAGGAAAGAAAAGCAAAAGCCGAAUAAGAAAGGGGAAAAGCGUUGCGGCAUUCCGGUGCUGUUCCAGAGUGAAGGUGAGAGCUUCGGUCGUCGGCCGCGGCGGCGGUGGAUGCGGUUCCGGCGACGGUGCAGUUCGAAGGAGAAGAAGAAGAAGCGAAAUGUUGUCGCAGCAGCACUCUCCCUCCACCUCUCUCCGCCGCUCGCCGCCCACUACCUCCUCCCCCAAGCUCUCCGGCAAUCCCAACACGUUCGCCACACGUAUAUUUUCUGAUGUUGCUGGGGAUAUUACUAUUGUUGUUAAUGGAGAGCCCUUCCUCCUUCAUAAGUUUCCUCUGGUAUCUCAAAGUGGGAAGAUCAGGAAGAUGGUGGCAGAAGCCAAGAACCCGAAUCUCUCAAAACUGGAACUCAAUCACAUACCUGGUGGACCUGAGGCGUUUGAGCUUGCUGCGAAGUUUUGUUAUGGUAUGAACUUUGAAAUCACAGCUGCAAAUGUGGCUCAUCUACGAUGUGCAGCAGAGUACUUGGAAAUGGCUGAUGAUUUUCGUGAAGAGAAUCUCAUUGUGCGUACAGAAACCUAUCUGAACGAGGUUGUGGCUCAGAGCCUUGAAAAGUCGGUGGAGGUUCUGUCUGCCUGUGAGACGUUAUUGCCUAUUGCAGAGGAGCUGGAGAUUCCGGAGAGAUGUGUUCGUGCUAUUGCCAAGGUUGCUUGCCAGGAGCAACUGGUAUCGGGCUUAUCGCAUUUAGAAUGUGAUGAUAGUGGACCUCUGGAGCUUAAGGAAAGGUGCCUUGAAUGGUGGGUUGAAGAUCUCUCCAUUCUCAGGAUUGAUUUUUACUGUAGGGUCAUCACCGCCAUGGGGCAGGCUGGGGUGCGUACGGAUACCAUUGUUGCGUCUUUGAUGCAUUAUGCGCAGGUAUUCCUAAAGGGUAUUGGGAAGGCGCAAAUAUGGAAUCCAGCCAGGGCAUAUCCUCGCUUGGCAGAAAACAACCAGAGAAUCAUUGUUGAAAAUCUCGUGACUCUUUUACCUCCAGAGAAGAGCUCGUCUAUUCCACUAAGUUUUCUCUUCGGGAUGUUGAGGAUGGCGAUCAUGGUGGACGCAACACUGGCAUGCCGGCUUGAGCUUGAAAGGAGGAUAGCCAGUAGAUUAGAAAUGGUCUUACUAGAUGACCUGCUCAUUCCUUCUACUCAGGCUGGUGAUUCUCUGUUCGAUGUUGAUACAGUCCACCGGAUCUUAGUACAUUUCCUGCAACGGGUUGAGGAUGAAGACAAUGAAGAUUGUGGAUAUGAAUCAGAAGGAAUCGGUUCUCCAAGCCAUGGCUCUAUAUUGAAAGUUGGGCGGCUUAUUGACACAUAUCUAGCUGAAAUUGCUCCUGACCCAUAUUUGAGUCUCGACAAAUUCAUUGCUAUGAUAGCAGUGCUGCCUGAUUAUGCUCGUGUUAUUGACGAUGGACUUUACCGAGCUAUAGAUAUAUAUUUGAAGGCUCAUCCAAUGCUAUCUGAGCAAGAAAGCAAGAAGCUAUGCAAAUUCAUAGACUGCCAAAAGCUAUCUCAAGAAGCCUGCAACCAUGCUGCACAAAAUGACAGGCUCCCAGUUCAGAUGGUUGUGAAAGUUCUAUAUUUUGAACAGCUCCGUUUGAAAAAUGCACUGUCGGGAAGUUCUGGGGAUGGGUUUCUAUCCCAAAAGAUCAGCAGUGGUGUCACAAGUGCAGCCAUCUCUCCCCGAGACACCUACGCUUCUCUAAGGAGAGAGAACCGAGAAUUGAAGCUCGAGAUAUCAAGAAUGAGGGUGAGGCUCAGUGAUCUAGAGAAGGAACAAGUGUUCAUGAAACAAGGGAUGAUGGAAAAAUCAGGACACGGGAGAACAUUCUUAACCUCGAUUUCCAAAGGCAUAGGGAGGAUCGGUAUAUUUGGCGGUCCUAAUGGAGGGAAACAACACAAGGCUGGGAGGAAGUCGAGGGCACCAGAAGGAAAAACUGGUAGGAGUAGGAGAUUCUCUGUUUCAUAGCAUAGCUGUUUUACAUUUCAUCAGAUUAUACUUUACUUCCUGUAAAUGAGGCAAAUAGCCUAUGAAUUUCAAUUCCUGCAAUGCCUAUAUAUGGUGAUUU